AUACCAAGAAAAGCAGCGCAGGAGAGUGUUUUACUUCAAUUGCUUGCUGUUUUAUUUGAGGCUACUAGGCUUGUUAUGAUCCAGAUCUUGCUGACUUCAAAGGGUAUUAGUUUAAAUCCAAUUACUUCUGUCUACUGUGUUUCUCCAAGCUGUUUGGUUUUCUUGUCAAUUCCAUGGAUUUUUGUGGAGCUUCCAAUUUUGAGAGAGAACUCCAGUUUUCAGUUUGAUUUUGCUAUUUUUGGAACUAAUUCUUUGCGUGCGUUCGCGUUGAACUUGGCCGUGUUCCUAUUGGUGGGAAAGACUUCAGCUUUGACUAUGAAUGUUGCUGGGGUUGUCAAAGAUUGGCUGCUUAUUGCAUUUUCCUGGUCAGUGAUUAAAGACACUGUGACUCCAGUGAAUCUCAUUGGGUAUGGAUUGGCUUUCUUGGGCGUUGCAUACUAUAAUCAUCAGAAGUUACAGGCAUUGAAGGCAAAGGAAGCACAGAAGAAAGUUCAGCAAGCAGAUGAGGAAACAGGGAGAUUGUUGACUGAGAGAGAAUCUAAUGGAUCAGCUGAUGGAAAGAAGGGUGAUUCACCAGUCUAACUGUAGACUAAAAAGGGUAUCCAAUAAAUCUUAUGGACUCAAGCAUUAGAUUUGGGGUUUUUCUUCAAGUUGACUUAUGCUUUUUGGAAUGGAUCUUGAGUAUGUCUGUGGAUGAUCUGUUACUGUUCUUGGUAUAGAUCAGUUUCAUUUCAUACCUAAGGUUGUUUAGGAUAUAUCUAAAUUUCUUUGUUUACACUGCAGAUUUAAUUCUUGUAUCUUAUUACUAGCUGAUUUAAGAUCUCGGAUACCCUUAUAGUUGUUUUGAGUUUCUGCUACUAUUUGUACCUUUUCUACCUCUCUUUCA